CUUCUCCAGCUACCUAUAUGAUCACAGUAGAACCCCACCAGGCAGCUCCUCACCUUUCAUGAUGGAUGCUGUAUCGAAAGUCGGUUUAUUGGUCUCCCGCUCUACGGCCUCGAGCUCGUAUGGUGUCUUUUAUAUGGCUGCACUGAUAUGCGUUGCAUUUUGGGCUAUGCUGUGUUUGCAAACGUUUUGGUACUUUGCAAGCUACGACACUGACAAAAAAUUGCUCAAAUUUCUGGUCGUGUUUCUAUGGGUGAUCAGCACGGCGCAGACGUAUGUUAUCGUGUACGGAGUAUGGGUUUUUACGAUCGACCAUUUCGGUGACUAUUCAUUUCUGGUGCAAGUUGUUCCUCCAUUCGCUACGCAGUUUAUUUUUGCAGCUACAGCCACAGUAACAGUCCAAGCAUUCUUUGUCUUCAGAAUAUGUCGCCUCAGCGGAGGUGGGCUGUGGAUGGUGGCUGUUGUAUGGGCUGCAUUGGCGAUUUUUCAGAUUGUUGCUGCUUUCAUUAUUGUCGUAAAAACUUGUCUAUCGGGCUACUUGCCAUACCUCUGGACACCCUUGCCAAAAGACCUUGCGAUCGCGUAUCUCGCAGUUUCCCUCUUCAUCGACAUAGCCAUCGCAAUAUUUCUCCUCAAACUAUUACAUCGGCACAAGAAAGAAACACAAGUUCGAAGCACAUUGAAAAUUAUACAGCGACUCAUGGUCCUGGCUGUCCUAAACAUGGUCUGGACAACGGCAUUUGCUAUUUGCGAUUUAGUCACAUUCCUUUCCCUCCAGGAAGAGGAUUUCUACUUGCUCUUUGACAUGCCUAUCUGCUCUUUGUACUGCAACACCCUCCUUGCAAACCUUAACAUGAGGGCGUCCCUCGGAGAGCAAGAAUCAGUGGUGGAUAUGGACUUGACGACGUUUGAUGCAGUUGGACCCCCACCAGUAACUCUGAUGCUGAGAAAUGAUACUAAGGUCUCUACGCAGAGUGGUUCGCGGGUUAGCUUGGAACUGGCAGAAUAAUCUCGGAUUGCCAUGCUCGUUUAUUUGACGUUCGUUUAUUUAUUAUGUCCCGCAUGAUACGUACCUUCUUUGAUUGUAUAUUAGACAUGUCCACGCUGGUUACAGAGAUUGUGGGUACUUUUGCUAGAGGGCAACGC